CUAAGCUCUGGAAAUUGGUUGGAAGAACUGACAAUUUAGAAAACAGUCCAAGAGAUUAUUAGGUUACUCAUGCAGCCUGCAUGUUCUUCUGCUAUCUAUAUAUUUAUGAAUUAUGCAUUACAAUUUACAACCUCAUCCACACACCACACUACUGAAAUCAAAGUCAGAACCCAGAAAACCCCAAUUCCACCCAAAACCAUGGCCUCAUCAACCUUCCUUCUCUUCCUUAUGGUCACUAGUACUGUUGUGAUCUCCUUGAAUUCACUCCUCACAGAUUCCAAAAUUGACCACUACCUAAUUUUCAUGGACACCACGACAAUGCCCAAGCCGUUCGUUGACAGUCACCAGUGGUACUUGGCCACUGUGUCCUCCAUUUCAUCCACGGCAAGGCUCGUCUACAGCUACUCCCACGUGAUCGAUGGGUUUAGCGCUGCAAUGACACCUUUGGAGCUCUCCUAUGUGCAAAGGUCUCCGGGGUAUCUUUACUCCACGAAGCUGAGGAACGGGCCGAUCGAGUACGCCACCACCCACUCCCCCGAGUUCUUGGGGCUCACGGGUUGCUCCGGAGCUUGGGAGGUGUCCAACUAUGGCGAAGGAAUGAUCAUUGGGUUGGUGGACACGGGCAUCUGGCCGGAGAGUCCAAGCUUCAGCGACCACGGGAUGAACCCCCUGCCUGCUGCACGAUGGAAAGGAGAGUGCGGAUUCUCCAACCGUUCCUUGUGCAACAACAAGUUGGUCGGAGCUCAGGUGUUCGACAAAGCUGGAAACGUUUUCAAUAUCAGUACCACAAAGGGUAAGGUGAUCUCCCCUCGCGACAACAACCCGGAGGGACACGGGACCAAAACCUCCAGCAUAGCAGCCGGAAACUUCGUGGAUGGUGCAUCCUACCACGGCUACGCACCUGGAACCGCAAGGGGAGUGGCUCCCAAAGCCCAUGUAGCAAUGUACGUAGCCGUGGAGGAUUCAGAUUUCAUUGCGGCAAUUGAUCGAGCAGUUGGCGACGGCGUGGAUGUUUUAUCCAUCUCUAUGGGAAUGGAUCAACCCCCGCUCUACGAGGACCCAAUUGCCUUGUCAACAUUCGCUGCCGCAGUUGAGAAGAACGUCUUCGUCGCCCUUGCCGCCGGGAACAACGGCCCGUCGCACCAGACCCUUAGCAACGGGAUACCAUGGGUGCUGACCGUCGCUGCGGGGACAAUUGAUCGUCAAUUCCAGGCCGUCGUCGAGCUCGGCAAUGGAGUCUCAGUUAUUGGGUCAUCUUUAUACAGGGGGCGCCAGCUCUCCUCAGUCAUCCAAGCUCCCAUUAUCUUCCUGGGGGAUUGCCUAAACAUAGCAGAAAUCCGCAACAAAUCGAAGGGGAAAAUUGUGGUGUGUCAGGAGGAGGAGAAGAAGAACUUCACAGAGCAUAAACGAUUUGACAACGUCCUAUUUUCCGGCGCAGCUGGAAGCCUUUUCAUAAUCAACCGCACGAUCACUGACCGGGAAUUCGCCCCAACUUAUGAGCAUCCGUACCCGGGGGUUUUCAUAGCGUUGGAAGAUGGGGAGAUCAUCAAACGUUACCUCAACAGUAGUAACGCCGAGCCCAAAACAGCAAGCUUGAGGUUUGGAAUCACCAAGCUGAACACAAAGCCUGCAGCAGGAGUGGCAGCUUUCAGCUCCAGAGGUCCAUCCGUCCGCUGUCCGUAUGUGCUGAAGCCGGACAUCAUGGGUCCGGGCUCGAUGAUCCUAGGAGCUACGCCAUUCGGCCCCGAGUUUCCUCAGCAGUUCGAAAUAGAUUAUGGAACAUCCUUCUCUUGCCCGCAUUUAGCUGGAGUGGCGGCGAUCAUAAAAAGGACUCACCCAGAUUGGAGCACGGCCGCUGUCCGAUCAGCGAUGAUGACCACCGCAGAUGCUUUGGAUAAUACUGGCCAACCAAUCAGGGACUUGGCGAACUGGAGCCAUACCCCAGCUACGGGUUUGGAAAUGGGUGCGGGUCAGGUUAACCCGACCAAAGCCUUGGACCCGGGCCUAGUCUAUGACCUCAACACCUCCGAUUAUGUGAGCUUGCUUUGUGCUCUCAACUUCACCAGCAAACAAAUCAAAGCACUCACGCGGUCGUCUUCUGCCGCCAACCGCUCCAACCCAUCGCUGGACUUGAAUUACCCUUCUUUUAUCGCGUUUUUUGACAGGAACUACUCAACAAGCAGCAGCAGCAGCAGCAGCAGCUGUCCUCCUGAUCAUCAGAUUGUGCGGUUUCACAGGACAUUGACGAAUGUCGGUGAGGGUACGGCAUGCUACAGAGCAGUUUUCACGCCAUUGAAAGGGUUCUCAAUCAGUGUGCUACCAGAGGAAUUGGAGUUCAAAGAACAAGGGGAGAAGCUCAGCUACGAUCUUCUCAUAGAAAGAGUUGAUCCUGUGAGGGACAACGAAACCUUCUUAGCUUCUGGCUACAUCAAGUGGACUGAAUUCGAUGGAGGCAAUCAUGUGGUGCAAAGCCCCAUUGUCGCCACAAACAUCAACUUCAAUAACUCUCAUGUCUAAUUGAGCUAAAUCAUGUAUCUCCUUUAUCAUUAGCCACAUCAACUUCUUUAUGUCUAAUUGAGCUAAAUCAUGUAUCUCUGUUAUCAUUAGCCCAUAGCCAUAGGGCGUAUCAUCAUGUAAUGUUUCUUCUGCCAAACCAAGGAGAAGGAAAAGGAAGUUCAAGAGAACCGCUGAAACAAAGUGUGUGGAUCGAAUAAUAACUGGGUUUGAAUUUAUUUCAAUCUCCAUUUUCUGGGUU